AUGACAGUCAGCAAGCGAAUGCGUCUCGAUUCUCCUUCAUUCGACGUUCACGAUGCUGUUCCUGAAAUACUGGCCGACAUUGACACGGAGAUUGCCCUGAGAGGUCGGCUAGAGGAGACACUACAAGGCAGAAUUCAAUGGGCGCUUUCGAUGCAGAGUGCACUUCGGGCUGGGAGAACACAGAAGUCUGCUUCUGAUGCUCAGGGUGGGUCUCAGAACCUCCAGAAACUUGCGACAGACACAUUGGUCAACGUCGAAUUACCAUCCAGUAUCCUUUUCGCCACAGCACCCAAGCCCGCUCCGGCAGCCCAACCCACAGCACCAGCGCCCUAUCGUCGACCAGCACCCAGACCCAAACCGUUCGGACAUCGUAGCAAAGGCAGUUUCCUCUUUGUUAACGCCCAAACAAUAGGCGCAGGUUACGGAGCAAAUGGGCCCCAAUACCUUCUUCUCAAAUGUCCCAUCUGCUCCCGAACCGCCUUCUCGUCCCUCCAGGGAUUGCUCAACCACGCCCGAAUCACACAUAGCAUCGAGUACGGUACCCACGACGCGUGCAUAAAAGCCUGUGCAGUCGAAGAUCCCAGCAUCAAUCUGGACGAUGGGAUAGAAGUUGGGCUCGGCCCCUCUGGAGUGUUGCCUGGUCUGCAGACACUAUUUCAGCGAGCAGUUGGCGUGGAACUGCCUGUCCUCCUUCCCGACGCCACCACGAAGCAGGAAUCGGACCAGGCCACGGCCGAUUCUGCUGAAAAUGUCCAUCCCGAGCCUUCUACCCUGGCUCAAACUCUUGGUAUCCAUGAUGAAACGGCGGCAUUAGCACCCUUCUUGGGAAAGGAAGCUCGCAGAAGGGAAAUACGGGUUUAUGACGAAGACACGCAUGUUGACAUUGGAAGCUACGGGAACACGUCGAAGGAAAGGCCUGCAAAGGCUGGCGCAUGGAGAAUGACUUUCGCCCAACGAAAUGUUGCUGUCCUGGACGGCAUAAACCCGGACAUGGAAGUCGACCACGAACAAGAAAAGGAACCGGAGGCGACGCCGUUUAAGGACUCGACGAAUAUGGAGACUCAUUCUCCAAGAGGCCAAGCGGAACUUGUUAACCUCCCUUCAUCGUCGGGGAGCAGGUUUCAUUUUACUGCUCGCAUCUCGAUUAGUGAUCGCAAUCUUUUUGUGGCUCCAGGUUUGCCUUCUAGCUUCACUCCUAUCACCAGUGCAUCCCUGUUUCUUACCUGCUCCUGUGCAGAAAAGCGCGCAUGUCCUUCCCAUACCCAUAAAUGGAUGAUCGGCGUGGAAAAUCCGUCUUAUGCGAUCCCCCUGAGCAGUGUGCUGAAGUAUAUCAAAGUAACGCCUCUCUGCGAACCUGAAGACUUCGAACUUUCCGUGGACACCGCCGACAAGCCACCUUAUGCCAUAGUCGGUACCGCGAGGAAACCUUUCUUGGCCCGGGUGGAACUUGUCUUCAACGAUGUGCUGAACACCGUAGACAGCGGAAAAGAACCGGAAAGUCAACCCAAUCUCGAGCAAAGAAUGGUGUUGGAGCACUGGGUAGACCUCGACCAGUUCAGAACCUCUGGAGUAGUUCUUGGCGAGGAACAACUUGUGGACGCGGAGCUGGAUCGGCGAACUGAAGUCAAACCAGCAGUUGUGCAUUCUGCUUCUCUAUCCUCGAAGGACCUUUGGAAGAAUACACAUCUCGACUCGGGGUCAACACCUUCAAGUGCAAAAGACACUGACGUCUCCCCAGCAUACUCCAUCCUUCUAGAGCUUGUGCGGCAAUACCCUUUAACAUCGCACAACAAGGAUCAGGCGGAAUGCGUUCCCUAUAGGCUGGUCUCAUCUCGAGCUCGGUUUAAGAACCUUGUCGCUGGACGACAGCAAGCCAUCAAGUGGGCAAGAGCUAGAGCCAUAAAGGAAGCGUUCGAGUGUGCCUUGGAGGAAGCUCAGAUGACGUGCCCCUCUAUCUCCACUGCCGAAUUGUUUCUAUGGCUGCAAGAGAAGGAACAGGCACCCGGAGUGGAAAACGCUCAUACAGUAGAGUCCGAGGAUCCCAUCAGGAAAGGACGUAAGGCAACAGACCAAGCUCAUGAGGGUUGGUGUGGAUUCUGCGGACUAGAACUCGUCUUGCAUCAGCCAUUGGAAAGACCUAUCAAGCAAGAAGAGAACGAAGGCAGGCUUGGAGAGUGCCUUCUCAGAGCAAAUGACACCCGUUCCCCGUGCGACAUGUAUCGAAACGUUCUGCUGCCAGGAAUUAACGACAUGGUGCUCUUCCGCCGCAGAAAAGAGAUUGAACAACUUUCUGGAAAAGGGCAACCACUCCUCCAACUCUCUUCGGCGCAAAACAUCCACCGACAAUUAGUCCAAUCAGUGGAUCCGGGCUUGAUUUCCCUUGUCAAGGAUGUCCUCAGCGACAUGGGUUUAUCCACCUUCCAGACGACCGAUCCUCAUUCUACGCAAUACCCCAUCGAUGGAUACGGUUCACGAAGAUCUGAUGUCGAAGCCAGCAUUGCACCGCAUGCGCUUAUCGCCUUAGCAUUAAAGUGUUUCCUUCAAGAUACCGUUCGCCAAGGGGUAUCACAAGCCCUCAAAGAAAAAACUGUUGCGCUGCAACAACUCGCUUCUGGCUCCAGGAGAGGUUCCAAAAAGGGAGAGCUGCCUCCCAGUUUGCUCACCCCGCACCAUAUCUUGGCAGGAAACGGCUUGGCAGAAGGACGACUUUAG